GAGGCAUUUGAUCCAGAUCUCGACCCUGUCAUUAAGAAGGCUUAUGAGGCUGGUAAAAUUGUAAUCGCGGCAGCAGGAAAUGAGGGGAACAACAAGUCACGGGCAUACCCGGCUAGAGAUCCCACGGUCCUAUGCAUUCAUGCCUCGAAUGGCAAAGGGAAGGACGGAGGGAUAUCACCGAAUGCCUUACCUAAUGAAGACAACUUCAUGACCCUAGGGAUUGAUAUUCCCCUAAUUUGGAAACGUCAGAAAGUAGUCAAGUCCGGGACAUCUUUCUCAGCGGUGAUAGCGGCGGCAAUCGCGGCAAAUCUCCUCGCAAUUAUUCCGAGGUGUUGUUCGUUAGAUGAGGCAAAGCUAAAGUAUCUUCGUUCAAGUGAUGGGAUGCGGCGUAUAUUUCGCGUCUUAGCUGAGCUGGAUAACGGAUAUCAAUACAUUGCACCUUGGCAAUUAUGGAACCAGGAGAACACGGACGAGUAUAUUAAGGCAGUCCUUGAGAAGUGUCUAAGCAAAUAG